AUGCCGACCCCCGAAUCCGCCUCCUUCCUGGCCAAGAAGCCCACCGUGCCGCCGACCUACGACGGCGUCGACUUCGAAGACAACGUCGCUGUCCACAACGCCCGCGACGCCAUUAUCCGUGAACAAUGGGUCCGCAGUAUGAUGUCUCGACUGGUCGGGGAGGAAUUGGGAAAGUGUUAUGCGCGUGAGGGCGUUAAUCAUUUGGAGAAGUGUGGGGUUUUGAGGGAGAAGUACUUCGAGUUGCUGGGCGAGCGCAAGAUCAAGGGUUACUUGUUCCAGGAGAAGAACUACUUUGCUGGGGAGGGAAACAAGUCUGCUUAG